AUGACUUCGUGGAUCUUCCAGUGCUUACUUGUUAUAGCUGUGGUGAAUCACCCUGUAGUCCUAGCACAGGCGACGCAAGGGUCGCCUCAGGCAUCUACAUCGGAUACUCCAACAUCAGAUACCCCAACAUCAGACCCUCCAACAUCAGACCCAGCAACUACAGCAGCUGCUACAACAGAACUAAGUACCACUGAGGCAACAACCACUGCUGCUCCACAGCCGAACAAUCGAAUUUGUCCGACCAACUCUGGAAUGAUUGACUCUACAAGGGUAUCGGCAAAGUCGGCUCACAACUAUCGCAGGGCGAGACUUGCGAGAGGAGAGGUGACAAAUAAGGCAGGGAAAAACUUACCUGCAGCAACCUAA